AUGGUUACAAUCAUGUCUAUUGUGGCUCUUGCAGCCUCACAACAGUGGAUGAUCUAUCAUAUGGAUGUCCAUAAUGCACUUCUUAAUGAGAACUUACUUAAAGAAGUGCAUAUGCAUAUUCCACUGGGCUUUGCUAGACAUGGGAGACUUAGAAGGCCAGAAGGUGAUCGAGUAGUUAAGAAUCCUAACGAUUAUCAGAGGCUGGUAGGAAGAUUAUUGUACCUUACGAUGACUAGACCUGAUAUUGCCUUUGCAGUUCUAGUCCUAAAUGAGUACAUGCAUUAUCCCAAGGAGUCACAUAUGGAAGCUGCACUUAGGGUAGUGAGAUAUAUCAAAGAAACACCUGGCCUAGGGCUGCUUAUGCUAGUAGAAAGUACAGACAAAUUGUUUGCCUACUAUGAUUCUAAUUGGGGAGCAUAUGUAGAGACUCGGAGAUCUAUUCAAGUUUGGAAAUGCACUAGUAUCCUGAAAAUCAAAGAAACGGAUGACUGUAUCUAG